AUGUCGUCCUCUGAGGUGCUCUCUGUAAAGCGGCCUUUUCCCCUAGCCAAGCCAGUAAUUCAAUCUAUACGCAACCAUGGCGAUUUAUGGAAGCAUUUCUUAACAUGGGAAGCAGCAGACAAUGGAUUGCAAGCGCUUCGAUUCUCGCUUCUCUUGAUGCACGUACAUGCGCGACUACGUCGUCCGAGAAAAGCUUGGGAGAUUGUGAGCAACCCGACUGGCUUUGUGGUGACACGUCUCUUAACUUCACCUCAGCACAAAGCACUGGGCCGAGCAUUGUUGCUGGCCAGUGAGGGUGUAGCAAAUAUACGCCGGCUGGCGCUCUUGACACUAUGGAUAUACACAUGUACUAAGGAAUUGCUGGCUAGGCUCCGUACAGGGGAGGACCUGGUUGAAGAACCGCCCACAGCCAUCGAGCAAUUUGCGUCCCUGGGCGAAGUGACAGCGCAUGUGGGUGAAUCGUUCGAUGUCGCGGCCUUCUUGGGUGGAUCCGGUCUGUUUUGGCUAGCGUUCGGCAUGCCCCUCAAGGUGGAAUUUCCGCCAUGGUUCCAACGACGACGUCGAGGUUUGGAGCGCAUUGGUGUGUUUGUGACGCUUGUGUCCCUCGUCCUGCAGUUGUAUACGGUGCAUCUACGACGCAAGGCCAUUACCACCACGAUGUUCCGUAAUGUACGUGCGAUGCAGAGCGAGAUGAAGCGCAUCGAUGAAGAUACGACCAUGAGCAAAAAGAUGGUGUCGAGUGCGCGUGAACGCGUAGAACAUGAAUAUACGGCGUUUGCGUCGCAGCGUCGUCGUCUGCGCUGGCUUGGUAUCGAACGAUUGUGCCUCUACAGCGAUUCGAUCUUCACAAUAUUAGAGGCAUGGGCGCCUGAUGAAGACAAGGAGAUGUUGGAGGCCAGCACUGGUCUGAUUGCCUCUGUCUUGCGCCUGUUGCGUCUGUGGAACGAAGUGCGAUUCGGCCCCUUGGACAUUUAA